CACACACAUACAUAUAUCUUAGUCUCUCUCUCUCUCUCUCUCUCUCUCCUUCUAUUCUUUGUCCAGGAAAAGGUGGGGGGAGGGGGAAGAGGCAAUGACAAAGUCCAUAGAAAUCCCAGACAUCUUCUACCCAAAAGAGCCCAUCUUGGUGUGCCCAAGCAGCCCCACACCAAACCACACCCUCCAACUCUCCAACCUUGAUGACCAGAAGUUCCUGAGGUUCUCCAUCAAGUACCUCUACCUAUUCAGAAAAGCACUGCUGGGGGAAGCACUCAGGGCCUCUCUGGCCAAAGUGCUUGUGGACUACUACCCUUUUGCUGGGAGGGUGAGGGCUUGUUUUGCUGAAGGGUUUGUGGAUCUCACUGCUGGGGAGUUUCUAGAAGGUUCUGGAAAGCCCAACAGGUCUUGGAGGAAGCUCUUGUAUAGGGUGGAGGCUCAGAGCUUUGUGGGUAUUCCUCCACUUGUCAUCCAAGUUACUCAUCUAAGGUGUGGUGGAAUGAUUCUAUGCACUGCAAUCAGCCAUUGCCUCUGCGACGGCAUAGGGUCGGCUCAAUUCCUUCAUGCAUGGGCUCACAUCACCGCCAAGCCAAACUUCGCCCUUCCGAUCGCCCCCUUCCAUGACCGCCACAUGCUAAAACCCCGAAUUCCCCCACAAAUCACCUUCUCUCACCCCGAAUUCAAUCCCCAUCCUUGUAACGACCCCUCAUUCGAUCUCCUCACUCAACUCCUCUCUCAACCCUUAUCCGUCGUCUCUCUGACCUUCAAUUCCUCGCACAUUCUUCACCUCAAGAAGCAAUGCAUCCCCUCCCUCAAGUGUACUUCCUUUGAAGUCCUCGCGUCACACGUCUGGCGUUCGUGGGUCAAGUCCUUAGAAUUGCCCCCCACUCUUCGAGCCAAGCUCCUCUUCUCGAUCAAUGUACGCAAGAAGCUAAAGCCUGAGCUCCCUCGAGGCUUUUACGGCAAUGCGUUUGUGCUAGGCUGUGCGGAGACGUCAGUGAAAGAACUAGUCACCUCUAACGUGCACUACGGAGUUAAAUUGGUGCAAGAGGCUAAAGAGUUCGUCAACGACGGCUAUGUUCGGUCAAUGAUCGAUCUCUUGGAGGUGAAGAGGGGUAAGCCGGACCUAUCGGUGAGCCUAGUGAUCUCGCCAUGGUCGAAGCUCGGAUUAGAGGACUUGGAUUUCGGGGAAGGAAGGCCCCUUCACAUGGGCACUCUAGCAAGUGAGAUCUAUUGCUUGUUUUUGCCGGUGAUCGGGGAUUUGCACGCGUUCAACGUGCUCAUUUCGGUCCCUCAAAGCUCCGCUGAGAGGUUCGAGCAUUAUUGCCUCAAGGGCUUAGAUGGUAGAGGAGAGAACAAGGAAGAUGUGGAGAAGGUGAAUGGAGGAAGAGGCUAUAGAUUGGAACUUUAGAUCAUGUGGUGUUUGUUCACACUUUCUUUGUCUACAUUUUCCUCCCGAAUCAAAUGUUUAAAUUUUAAGUAUUCUUCUCUUGUUACCAAAUUAAGAAAGGACAUAGAUAUCUAUUUGUCUUUUCAUGAGCAUCAAA